GGUCUCAGGCCAGAGGGCGUGCCCUAUUCAUCCCUGGCGCAAGAUGGCGCUGCCUUUUGUACGUUCGCACUGCUUGUGCCGCUGGGGAGCCAGACGAUUAAGGGUUGCCGCCGCGGAAGCCCGGAGAGGCAUCAGUUUCAAGCUGGAAGAAAAAACCGCCCAUAGCAGCCUGGCGCUCUUCAGAGGUGACACAGGUGUCAAGUAUCGCAUAGUAGGAUUGGAGCCCACCAAGUUGGCCCUGAAUGUGGAGCGCUUCCGGGAAUGGGCCGUAGUGCUGGCAGACACAGCGGUCACCAGUGGCAGGCACUACUGGGAAGUGACAGUGAAGCGCUCCCACCAAUUCCGGAUAGGAGUGGCCGAUGUGGAUAUGUCGCGGGAUAGCUGCAUCGGUGUUGACGAUCGUUCCUGGGUGUUCAUGUAUGCCCAGCGCAAGUGGCACACCAUGUUGGCCAAGGAAAAAGCCCCUAUUGAGGGCCUGGGGCAGCCAGAGAAGGUGGGGCUGCUGCUGGAGUAUGAGGCGCAAAAGCUGAGUCUGGUGGAUGUGAGCAGGGUCGCUGUGGUCCACACGCUACAGACAAAUUUCCGAGGUCCAGUGGUACCUGCCUUUGCACUUUGGGAUGGAGAGUUGCUGACCCACUCAGGGCUUGAAGUCCCUAAAGGCCUCUAGUAUGUCCUUCACUGGAGUCCCCAAUCAUGCUCUUUUGGGUAGCUUCCUGGUGAAACUGUCUGAAACUUUUUAGUUUUGUGGCCAAGCAACCUAACUCCUGCAAUUCAGAGUUAGGUCCUCUGUGUAAUGUCUUUUUCCUCUCCCCUCCCUCCCCCAAUGUACUGCCAGUUUCCUAGGCAGUACAUUCCUGAGUGUACUUAACCUGACUGGCUUCCUUCAGUCCCUAUUCCUCCCUGUGCCCAGACCUCAGACUACAUUCAGUCCUGGGGUCUUAGCUUUCAAACUUUGAAUUUAUUCAUCACUGUGAUACCUCUGCCUCCCUUUGCCCCCAUGUAAUGUCUCCCCGCACCCCACUCCCCACCUUGGGGCUUUACAGGAUCUCUCCAGUAAAUCCUUUCUACCUCUGGCUGGAGGAGUGGUAUAGUCAAUGACCUGGCCCUUUCCCUAUAGUACAUACAGAGUCUGGGCUCUGGCUCCCUCAGGAAGUGCUUUACUGUGUCCAAAUGAAACAGAGCCCUCCUUCCCCAGUACCUCAGUGCCAGACUCUCAGCCCCACCCAGCUGCAGCUCUCCCCACCCAGAGUCCAUUUGCCUUAAUCUGCACAUCCCUGACAUCUGGUCAAUCCGUUCUAAUCAUUGGGCCAGUUACAACUAUGAUCAAAGGACACAAGAUACUUGUGCCACAGUUGGAACUUCCAGAGGGAGGAGGGAGCCCUGAGGUGUUGCACAAUCCAUUUUUGGGCCGGCUCAGACCCAAACCCUUACAUGUUACCGCCCACUCUUCCCCCACCCCCUCUGCAACAGGAUACAGUUAUAUUUAGCACUGAAGAAAAAAAAAUGUGGUGGGAUGAGUAUGUAUGUGAAAUAUGUACUGUUUGGGCUCUGUCUGACCUUGUGGUUCCCUCUUAUUCUACCUUUAUGAUGGUGAUGCAGCUGAAUGUCCCUGUGGAGAGAAAGGACUGGGUUUAACAAAUAUAAUAAUUUGUGUAAUUAAAGUUUAUUUGAGCACAAAAUA